GUGGGGAAAAAUAGUUAGCAGCGUGUCCAACGCGCUGGACUUUAACCAAGCCACCCUCAGUGGGUGCAUCGAUAUAAUCUGCAUAGAGUCCGAGAUUGAGAACAAGCUCAAAGGAGAAAACAAAAUAAGCGUCACAUACAAGUCGACCCCCUUCCAUGUGAGAUUUGGAAAGACAAAAUUGUUAAGGUCAAAAGAAAAAAUAGUGAGCAUUUUAGUAAAUGGAAAGAGCACAAAUUUACAUAUGAAGUUAGGAAGCGCAGGGGAAGCUUACUUUGUUGAAAAGACAUACGAUGAUGUCGAGGAAGAGUUAGAAACCUCCCCUCUGUCAUCCCCUCGCCAUGAGUAUAAUGAUUUAUAUUUAGAUCAACACAUCGACAGCUGCAGCAUUAACGAUUCUCUGAACAAUUUCAAGAGUGAUGACGAUUCGGAUAAAUCCUUCCUUCGCAACAUUGCCAUUGAUAGACGCAAGUCGGUGGAUAGGAACUACAAAAUGGAUCAAGGGAAGGGGAGGAAGCAGAGCAAUAACCAGGCGAAGGGAGGGGACCUCAUCACGCGCGAUCAGCACGACCGGCACGACAGGCACGAUAGGCACGAUCGUCACUUGGGGCGGGAUGGACUCGAUCACAACAACCACCACCACCGUGCCUCCGUCCAAAAAGACAAUCUGAAGAAGAAAAAAAACAAAAGCCCCCACAUGCACCGCAACGUACUAGGUGAAGACUACGAUCACCAUGCCAAUAAACGAAAAACGGAUGACGAUGAUCCUAAUGCCAAUUCGGAAUGGUCCUGGUCAUGGGGAAGACUACCCCAUUUGAAAAAUCAGGAUUACGCCUCAGAUAACUGUACAGCCAUAUCGUCCAACAAUAAAAAUGAAAAAAAGGAGAAACGAAAAAAAUUUUAUAAUAAAAGUGAAUCAGUUCAUGAUCACUCCUCAUCGAGGGAACACCUCACUUGUGUACGCAGAAGAAACUUGAGCGAAUCGAAUGUUAGAAAGGCCCUCAACAAAGAGAGAGAAACAAAAAGCUUCCCUCGUGGCAGCAAAACGAAGCAUAUAAAAAGAUAUAGAGAUAGUCACUUAGACCAUAUGAAGAAGGAGGUCCCCAGAAAACUCAGCAACAAUAAUGAUGCGGAUGACUCCAGGCAGGAUCCCAAGAAGUCCUGCAGGGGCAGCCACUCUGCGAAAACGGCUGUCAAGGCGCCCAACCCCCUCCACCAGGGCGGAGGCAACAACAGUAGCAGUGGCAACAAUAAUAGCAGUGCGAACAAUGCCAAUGGCAAAAACUGGGAUGAAGCUAAAGAAAUCAGAGGAGGAAUCAAAUAACGCAGAAUCGAAACAGGAAAAUAAGGAAAAUGUGGAACCGAGAGGAGACGAGCAUUCCUUGGGAGAGGGAAUCAGCGAGAAGGAACUCGAAAGGGGGAAGCAAAGGAUGAUAGAGAAGUUGAAGCAUAAAGCGAGGGAGCGGGCUAGGGAGAAGGCGGAAGGAAAUGAGGCACGGACGGGGGCCGAGACGGAGGCAGGUAGAGAAGCUGGCAGAAAAGAAAGCAGACAAGCAGGCAGAGAAGGCAGAGGAGCAGACAAAGAAACCAAAUGGAGCGCGGAAAAGUGGGCCAAAGCGGAGGAGCACCACAAGGAGCGAGCAAAAGCAAGAGGGAGGUUCAAGCCACACCAUGAGCACCACUCCUCCGACGAAAACGUAGACGUAGAGAUGAAUUCGAACGAUGAUGAUAACCAAAUAAGCUACUCGAAGGACGAACCGGAGAGCACCUUUGACGAUGACAUUCAAAACAGAAUUGAGUGUAGCUUGUGUGGACAUUUAUUACUCAACCAAAAUGCAGAUAACGAACAAAAUGAUUACAACAUAGAAAUUCACAACAAAAAUAUUUUUGAAGCCAAUAUAGUUACAUAUGAUCAGAUAGAUAAGAAUUCCAACCUGUGGUACCAUCCAUCUCUUGUCUUUCGAUUUGAUAAAAAGGACCCUUACUAUCCCUCAAGGGUUGCUCUACCCCUUCUAGCCUCCUGGGUCGUGUUCAACCAACCUCUGUCCAUUUUGGCUGUUGAAAAAUUACUCAACUCUUCUCUAACUUUGGUCGAAAUAAAAGACAAGGGAUGGAGAAACUGGUUCGGAGUAUCUAGUGUAGAAUAUGAUAACACGAUCAAUACCAAGAAUACGGGGAAGGAUCCAAAAGGAUCCAAUCAAAUUGAAGAUAAAAAAAAGGAAGGGAGAAAAAGUACCAUCAAGACAACACCCGUCGCAGCUGCUACUACUACCACGAGCAGUAACAAUAACCAUCACAUCAGUAAUAGUAAUGCAAAUAAUCAUGAGGAAAACGAAAUGGCAGCUCUCAAAGAACACGAUUCGAAGAGAAGCAUACAACAUUCGUUACAUAAUCCAAGUGAAGUCAGCAGGAGAAGUACCAAACAUGGAGAGGAAAAAAUAAAAAUAAGGUAUCGAAAAUCAUUGAGACCGACCUCAGAACAACUACAAUCGUUGAAUUUAAAGGAAGGAGCAAAUACCAUCACCUUUUUGGUUACCUCCUCUCUUCAAGGCACCAAAAGUAUUAAUGGCACCAUAUACCUAUGGAAGAAAAAUGCCAAAAUUGUCAUCUCAGAUGUGGAUGGAACUAUUACUAGGUCGAAUGUACUUGGACAUAUAAUGCCGAUCGUUGGCAAGGACUGGUCUCAUGAUGGGGUAUCUCAAUUAUUUAACAAAAUUAAUAAUAAUGGGUACCAUAUUUUGUACCUUACUGCUAGGGCUAUCGGUCAGGCCGACUCCACAAGGGAGUACCUAUUCAGAUUCAAAAGAAAUGACAAUAAUAAGCUACCAGACGGACCUUUAAUUUUAAGCCCAGAUAGACUCUUCCCCUCCUUCAAAAGAGAAGUUAUCGACAAAAAGCCGUACAUUUUUAAAAUAGCUGCGUUGAGAGAUAUACGAAAUCUGUUCCCGCUGAAUCACAAUCCCUUUUACGCUGCCUUUGGGAACACCGAGAGUGACCAUCGAGCGUACAUAUCUGUUGGCGUCCCGGAGGCGAAAGUGUUCAUCAUAGACAACCGGGGCAUCGUUCACCACGUCAAUUCGACCUACGCCAAAACCUACGAAACCAUGAGCGAAAUAACCGAGCACAUGUUCCCGUGCAUCAAAAAUGACAAAAAGAGAGAAGACGACGACCAAGUAAAAACACAAAAUGAUAAAAUAUUUAGCUUAACGAAAUUGUG